AUGGCCAGUCGCGGCACCGCAACCUCUUCCGCCGCCGCGUUCCUAAACGCAGGAGCCUCCACCUCCUCACCCCGCAAGCUCGGCAACCAUCCGCGUCAGUCGUCGUCGGCGCUCUAUACCGCCUUUUCGCCCAAGCAGAUCCAGGGCUUCAAGGAGGCGUUCAACAUGAUCGACACCGAUUCGGACGGUCUCAUCACCCAGCGCGACAUCGCCGCCAUGCUCGGGAACCUCGGCGUGGACGCAUCGCCACCGGCACUCCAGGCGUACUUCAAAAACAACGCCAACGCAGGCGUCAACUUCACCCAGUUCCUCACCAUGUUCGGCGAGCAUCUCGCAGAGCUCGACGACCAGACCGUGCUCAUGGAGGCCUUCGAGUGCUUUGACGAGAAGGACGUCGGCAAGAUCGAUGCGCACGAACUCAGGUUCUGGCUAAGCCAGGUGGGCGAUAAGAUGUCCGACGCCGAAAUCGACCGUCUGCUCUCCGGCCCGUUUAUGGACAAGGCCGGAAAGACCUUUGACUACAAGGCGUUUGUAGAGGCCGUCAAGAUGUCCGAACCUGCCGAAGUCGAGUAG